UUUUGCAUGCGUUCGUAAAUGUAAUGGUAGUUGGUGUUGGUUGGUAUAUAAAUUAUAUUGGUAUAUGGUCGCCGUGUUUUGAUUUAUAGCCUCAUUUAUAUUGUAACUAACGUAUGUGCUAGUUCUAGCCUUUCUUCCAGACUAAGCACGUUUUUCAAUAUUCUGGUCUUCAGUUUGAAAAUGUAGAGCAUUCAAUGAGAAAUGCAACUCAGCAAUUGAAAGUUUUGAUUCAUCAAUGAAAACGCAAUUUAAAAAAAAAGUUUCUUCCAACCAAAAUCGAGAUCCGACCUUUAAUUCCUUUCAGAGUCAUUUCUAUACUUGCUCGCAGAUUAAAAAACUUUGGCUAUUGAGAUGACAAGAUUUUAUUGACAAUUUACGACCAUUAUAUAGUUUUUGCCUUUACUUUACAAAAAAAAUUGUAACUCAAACACAAUCAUUACUACACUAUUCAAUUCAAUACUUUUUUUAAAUGAUUCUUUUGACCGAUCAAGCUUAGCGGAGCGCAGAAUUAGAUAUAAAACAUAUUUUGUGACGAUUUCUACUCUUCAUUUUAAAUUCUUAUCCAGCGCUUUACGAAUUCAGUUUUUAUGACUCCAAUCAAAGACAAGUCGAGCUUAGCGGGGGGUGGAGGGAUGACUUCGAAUGUGGUAGGUGGGGUUGCUAGUGUGCAUAAAGUGGGCAAGUGGUACUUUGGAGGUGUGGCUGGAACUGCAGCUGCUAGUUGCACCUACCCAUUCAGCCUAGUAAAGGUGCACUUCCAGACUGUCUCCGCAUACAGUGAGUCCCCCUCCAUCCUGCGCACAUUUGCUCACGUGUUCAGAUCAGACGGACUGCAGGGACUAUACUGUGGAUUGAGUGCGUCCAUUUUACGACAGAUGAUAUUCAACACUACUCGUUUUGCCAUCUACGAGGGUUCCAAAAACUACCUCAUUUGCUCUGGAAGCCCGAUUACUAUCGAUGCCAAAAUAACCAUAUCCGGAUGUGCUGGGUUUUUGAGCGCGCUUAUGUCUUCGCCAGUCGACAUGAUUGUAGUUCGCAUGCAAACAGACAUGAAAACAUCAAAAACUGCAAGACGCAACUACAAACACGUUUUCGAUGGUCUGUUUCGUGUUGUGAAAGAAGAAGGUUUCAUGCGAUUAUUUGGAGGAUGUUCGAUGACUAGUUCAAGAGGCGCUUUGAUGUCUAUCGGUCAAAUGACUAGUUAUGACACAAUUAAAGAGAAAAUUUUAAUUUUGGGGUUAUUGAACGAUAACCAGUUAUGUUACUUUGUCAGCUCGACCAUCGCAGGAGCCAUUACAACAUUUCUUACAUUGCCACUCGAUGUUUUAAAAACAAAAAUGAUGAAUGCGAGACUAGGAGAGUUCAAUGGUUUGGCAGAUUGCUUUUAUCAGACUUUAAAAAUUGGACCAACAACGUUUUUCAGAGGCUUUUCACCGGCUUUCAUGCGACUUGCGCCUCAAACCAUUUUGACGUUUUUGUUCCUUGAGCAGUUGAAAAACUCAUUCGGUCAAAUUGUUGUGGUAAAUCAAACGUGAUUGUAAAAUUUGUUUUGUUUAUGAGAGAAUA